CAAUAACGAUAUGGAUUGUGCAACAACACCACCAACGGAUAAAGAUUUUGUUCAAGGUCUCGUGAAAAUAUAUGAAGACGCGACCUACAAAUUUUGGGAUAAUGAAGUUUUGAGCAUAAUCGAUAGACACAUCUCAAAUAGCCAGAAAACGAAGACGGAAACUUUUCAAUUGCUUUCGCAUGUAUCUGCUUUUCCGCCAUCAGCAAUGGCAAAAUACACAAGUCUACUCGGAUUUUGCUAUCAGUACGGAAUAGGAGCACCAUAUUUCUAUGGAAAAGCAUUCGAACUUUACAAUGAUGCUGCAAGACUUGGGGACGGAUUCGCGUUAACGCAAGUAGGAAUGUGCUUUCGUCUCGGUUCUGGAAUUUCGUGCGAUCACGAUAGCGCCAUAAAGUACUAUGAGAAAGCAGCAAUAGCUGGACAUCCACAGGGCAUGUAUAAACAUGCUGGAUAUCAGCGCGGGAGAAAACAAGCAUUGUGGUAUUUAAAAGCAGCAGAAAAAGGAUUCCAACCUGCUAUGCUUAGAGUUUCCGGUUUAUAUAAGAAAGGAGC